AUGUCUAGCGACAGAAGAUCCCUCGAAGCAGAAUUAUAUGGCGAGCAUGAAGGUCGACAUCCUUCCAUGAGCGACCUUAAGGACCGACUCUCCGUUCAAAUCAGAGAUACCUUUGUAAACAAAAUUGCCGAGCGUCCUGGUACAGCUUAUGUGGAUUACCACGGCCAUACUAAAAAGGUGGCGGAGCACGGCAAGUUAUAUGAUGAUGCAACAAACGAUGAAAUCUGGUUUGACCAUGAUGGUUCCGACACCAAGCCAGGACAUUGGAAAGGCUGGACUACAGCUCAUAUCAAAGCAAAUUUUCAUUUUGAGGAUGUUUGA